ACAGCGCCCCCUGCUGUCCAAGCCUGCGCACCUUUUCGCCUCAGUACCGGCGCUGUACCUCAGAUUGAGAACAACAAAAACAUGUCCGAGAGGUUGAACCGUUACUAGCUACAGCCGACUGCUGUCACCGCAACAAGUCGUCAAUUCGACGGACUGCUAUAUGAUUCCCGUCGUGACAACGGCCGACAACCCAGAAAGAUGGCACAGAAAGCACUGGGAUCCAUUGUUGGUCUUCUUUGCACCGGGACCUAUCUUGUGCAGGGGAAGGAGUUCUGUUUUGGGGUAAACAAUGAGCAGUACCGCUGUGAGAUGGGGUACUGCUGUGGUGAAACAGAGUGCUGCACUUACUACUAUGAACUCUGGUGGUUCUGGUUGGUAUGGACCUUAAUCAUCAUGCUAAGCUGCUGUUGUGCCUAUCGACACCGGAGGGUUAAAAUGCGUCUUCAGCAGGAGCAGCGCCAGCGUGAGAUCAGCCUCAUGGCCUACCAAGGAGCCUCCAGCUCCUUUAUUUCACCUCCACCUCUCAAUUUAAGAUUUUGGAAUGACUGCAAGCUUCCUGACUAUGAAGAGGUAGUUGGCCACCCUCCGACACCUCCUCCUCCUUACUCUGAAAACCCUCCUGAGUGUACCCCUGUAGUCGUUCCACAAGUGAACCAGCCGGACGCUUCUUCUGCGCUGCAACCCCUCACCGAGGCUGAGCCGAGGGUGGACUGUCAGGCCUCCGGUUCGUCAUCAGACCAGGAGGCGGUGUUGCUCCCAAUCCAAGUACAGUGUGCGGCAGAGGAGAAUGUAGAGGCGGCAGAGGAGGAUGAGGAGCUUGUGACUCGGCGUCGGCACGUGACCGGCGACUCAGGGAUUGAGGUGUGCGUUUGCCAGCUUGAUGUAGACGAAGGCUCAGGGCUUGAGGAGGAAAGCGAAGAGGAGCAGCGUAUGUGUAAGGUCGCCGGGAGGGACUGCUGCUCCGCCCCCCAACAGCAAACCUUAAGACAGAAGGAGCACGCCUCAGAGCUGCCUAGCCAGACUAGCACCAGCAAUGGAGACCACAUGGUGUGAUCCACAGCGUAACUAACCAGCCAACCGGUGCAGCUUCAUCAUCACCACAGGGAGACCGUCUUGUGUUUUAAUUCUCUAAACUAACUAACUUAGACAUGACAUCUAGGUGAUGAUGAUAAUGAUAAAUAAUCCUUAAUAGCUCCUGAUUAGGAAAAAUCAUUGUAAUGUGUGGACAAUUUUUUUUUUUCUUUGCUUUUCUAAUUGGGGAGCAAACAAUCAUGUGUUGUAGCCCCAUUAGGUGUUUUUAUUUAGUACUAACCAUGAGAAAGCUAUUGGAUGGUUAGAAGACAGCAGUUGAUUGUGAUCGAAACCAGAAUUGACGUCAUUGUGACUCUCCUUUAGCCCUGCUGUCAUAUUUCAGGCCUUGGUCAAAACAUCUCCAACCAUCCUUCCUGUCUAACAUUUUAUCUCCGGUGGAGGCGAUCAUUCAGGAGCAUAUCAACGCAGUCAGCUGCAUUCCUCUCGUAUCUGCCCCCCCCCCAGCAACAACUAAGCAGAGGAAGCAGCAGCAAACAUCUCGAAACUGUAGGAUGAGACUGGAUGAAAUCAACAAGAGAUUAUUUUUAAUUUUCCCCAAAGCUCUGUGCGUGCAAGACUGCGGCCUCUGCUGUGAAAUCCAGGCACAGCUGCGUAGUGAUGUCACGUCUGAGGUCAUGAUAACCAGCAUCUGGUGUGAAGACUUUGGGACUCGAGCGAGGAAGGCCGUACACUCACGGAAAGAGUAAAGAGUUUAGUUCAUUCUUAGGAUGCUGAAUGGCACACGAACCCCCCUUUUUAGACGACUUUCUCCUCACCCUUUGUGUAGUCUCCUCGGCCAUGUCACCAACAGUCAGCAUGACAUUUGGGAUACUCAGCAUUUCAGCGGUUUAUGGAUUGUGUGCAUGUAAUCUCACUCUGGUUGUAGAUUGCAUUAAAUCCAUAGUAGUGAUGCCACCAAACUUAUUACUUAAUAAAAAAGCCUUGCGGUGGCUCUGUAUUGCCAUGCUCAGUGUGUAGUUUGGAUGUUGAUAUAAAAGAAUGCGGUUUUCAUUUCGUACCCAGCUGUGCUUCAGUAAAUGCCACAGGUGUCACUUUUAAUUGCAACAAAGCUCCAAACAGGGGCUGCUGGAGUGCGUCGUAGUAGCGGUUGUAAUGCUUGGGUGUUUCAGUGCAGUAGGGCAAUGUUGAGAUGUGUGUCUGUUUGUCUUUCAAAGUGCUGUGUUGCCUGGUUGAAAAGACUGAGGUGAGGUUACUAUUAAAAGCACUGGUGUUUUGCAUGAGGCAUGGUUUAUGUGUUUAUAUAUGAGCUCAUUUGUAUCCUGGGAGGAGAUGUGGAUCGCUUUUGGGGUUGUGUAAGAAAGAAAUCAUCAGCCAAAUCAAACAUGCGGAACUACCCGCCUGUGGCGACCCCCUUGUGAAUAAGGGGACUGACGAAAGUACCGUUUUAGAAUUUUUUAGUACUUGUGCUACUUGCUUUGCUUAUUAUUUUGUUGCAGUAAUAAUGACUGCACAGGUUUGAGCCCCGAUGUCGGGGAAAAGAAAGGGACUGAGGUUUAACAUUAGCUGUCUGGAUCUAAUAUUUUUGUGUUGUUUUGACCGUGUGCGCCAUGCCGUGCUGAUAGCUUGUUAGCUCAGGCUGCCUUGGCUCUCUAUCUGGCCCCUGUAACUCUUGGCAGUGUGAGGGGAUUUGCAGUGGUAUUUUCCAUUGGCAGCAGAGGGCCCGGUGCAUUAGCAGGUUGAGAUGGAUGCAGGCUGUCCUCUGCAGUCAAUUCGGUGUUGGCACAGCAGCCAAAUCUAUUGUGACUGACUGCAUGCUGCUUGUGCCGCACACCGUGCAGUUUGUGUUUAGAACAUAGCCAGUCAAACCGGUUGUAGUCAGAUUUAGAAAUUCUUGUCUGUGCAAGAUGAGCAGUAACUGAUAAGUUAGCAAAUAUUUCAUUAAGAGUUUAUUUUGGAACAACGGUGAAUAACUUUUUUCUGCUCUGAUAGCACGUGUCCAAACGGACACAGUGUAGAGACUCAGGUCAGUCAGUCUGCUUCACACGCGCACUCACCAAGUCCUGCUUCCAUUUGGCCUUUAUCACCAGUAAACGUCUCGGUGCAGUACUCUAUGUUCUAGAUGAUUUCACCAAGGGUAACAAUAGUUCACAUGCACUCUCUUGUCUGUCUGUUGCUUCACAAUCUUCACAUGUGUUUAAUUUUUCCUUUAAAUACCAUAGAGUUAGAAGACAUUUCCAUCUGGCAAAGUGGGGAACAAAAGGCUAGCAUUUCAAGCUUCCUGGUUAUAUUUAUGCAGCUUUGCGUGCCUCUUUAUUUUCAGUGCUGAAUGAACUCUGACAAGGACACAUUUGAACUGAAAAUUGUUGGCCCUGUUAGCAGAACACGACACUUGAGUUCUGUGCACAAAUAUGUAAUUUUAGGCAGCUCUGUGGCUCAUGAAUCAGUUUCGUUUUUUCCCCCACCUAGCAGCAGCCUGUUCUGGUUGUGGCUGUGCAUGCUACAAAAAAAGAAAACAAGUGGGCCACUGCGUCAGGCGUGUGAGAGCAGAAUGAAAAUAUGUGAAUGCACAGCUGCCUGAAAUUUCAUAUUCAUUUAAACAGGCGUCUUUAAACUUGCUGCGAUGCCGUUAUACAAGAUUAAAUAGAGGUUUGCAGUCCGUGUGCUGUGCGGUCGAGCCGGUGCUUUAACAUGAAGCCAUACUAACACGACAGCGACCUUAUCAGAGAGGCAGUCACACUGUGAGCAUGGCUGCACACCCAUUAGCAUAAAUGAUAAUAGACAUUUUGUUUGCCAACACACCUCGAGCUGCCUUGGUGCAUUUCUACAGAGCAAAUGUCUUGAUUAAGGAGCUGCACAAUUAAAUAUAAAUUAUAACCUCUGUGUGCGGAAGCAGAUGUGAUACUGCCUUAAAAAGUAGAUUCAUAGUCAGGUUUUUUUUCCUAUGGUAACAUUUGUGUUUGAAGCAUGGUUGCUGUAGCUAGAAUAUACAUUUCUGAGAAAAGUGUGCUUGUGUCUUAGAAAAGGAUGUGGUUGAUAAACAUUAAAAAGCCACAAGAUUUGAACUGUUCUGUACAGCGUUGUUACCGGAGGGGCGGUUGUGGUGACUUUAAAAUCUGUGUGUAGUUAGCUGUGGCACUGACGGAGUACGUUCAGACCACGUAGUUUGUGCUCAGUCUGUUUUAGGUUUUUUUCUCCUCUCUUUGAGGUGGCUGUUGGUUUAGUUAGUGAAAUAUACUCAUUUGAAAGCAUGAGAAGAGUAGAAAAUGUCCUUGUUCGUGUUUUCUAUGGCUUGUUUUCCAUUUGAAGGAUAAAAACUGAGUUUCUGAGUUUUUCCAGAAAGAGUUUCUUUUUGUUUGUUGCUAAGGUGGAUCUUUUCUUAUUUGUAUACAUAUUUAGGGUAAUAAUAGAGCAGGGCAGGUGGGUGGUGGGGUUAGGGAAUGAAGAAGGGAAUAUGGGUUUCUUCUGUGCAGGAGUGAACUGGAGGUCCGUGGUUUUCCCCCAUUGCCAAACAACUGCUAUGCCUCGCUGGUUUUCACAUGUUUACUGAGAGUAAGGGCUAUAUCGGUCAAGUCCACCCAUUUCAUCGAGCGAUUCACCUGUUCUGCGCUGUUCUUUAAAAGCCACCAAUGCCAAGGUCCGCUAUCUGAACGCGGUCAGAAGCGAGUCACGUGAUCACCGUUUGGACUUGGCUGUCUCGUGAUGUUGCGGUGGAGCUUGUAUUUAUCUAAUAGCUGAUUGUAUACGACCACAUAUGUUUGUUUUAUAGGCUUUAACUUUGCCUUCUUGUUUUGUCGACCUCAACAGAGAUCCGUGAUGCAGCGUAACCCACUGAUCCCCACCCUCCCACCCACACACACACACACACACACACACACACACACACACACACACACUCAGACACACACACACACUCACACUCCUCCGCUCCCCCAAACCAGCGGCAUGUUCUGCUCCGUCGGCCGUUUAUGGGCUGCAACUCCACCACCCUCCACCAGGCUGCGUCUCGAUAACAGAAAGUGUAGCCAACACUGUAGCUGCUCGUUUUAUUCUCAGCUGCACCGUUCCUCAGAUUGUCGACAGAGUAAACGUACCAAAGCCUUCGCCGUCCUCACGCUUCACGGCUCAUCACUGUUUCGUACUCUCAGGGUUACCUCUAGCGAGCAGUUUGAAAUCGACACCUUUUUCAACCGCGAGUCUCAUAAAGCCAAAGCAACUGUUUUGCUUUUAUUACUGUCUUGAUAUUUCGUCUCUGCAUCACGUAUCUCUGUGAAACGUACUGAUCUAGGCUAUGCAAAAACAUGAACUUACUGUUAUAUGCUGCGACCCCCCCUGCCCCUGUUUUACAGUCUCUCUGUCGUUUUCUUUGUGGGCACCAGUACAAGCAAUAUAACUCUCAGUACUUGUGACACUGCACUAUACUGUAAUCUACUUCGGUUGGUCUGUGUUUUAUCUAUUUGUUUAAGAAAAACUGUUUAAAAAGAAAGAAAAAAUACUUGUAAUGCUACUACAGUGAUGUGGGGAGUGUCUAUUGAGGGGCUUGAGUUAAAAUGCCAUUUUAGUUUUUAAAUAUAUAUAUAUAUAUAUAUAUAUAAAUAUAUAUACCAUUUCCCCUCUUAUUUUUUGGCUUUUUCUCUCUGCUUUUCAACCACUAACACUUCUGCUACAAACUUACAGAUGAAACACGUUUAGUUGAGUAUGCUGAAAGAGUCGAUUAUAAUAUUAUUAUUAUUAUUAUUAUUGUUAUUAUUUGGUCUGUUUGACACUUUUCUGUCCCUCAACUUUUUGUUUUCCAUCUUCAUGAAAUUACAGGCUAAAUAUGUAAACAUGCCUUUAAUCCUCAGUUAAUACAGCACCACAGUUUUUUAUCUAUAUCAUACACAUGAAAGACCUCAACAUGGAACACAGUCAGCUUGGAUCAGACCAGCCAUUAUUAGUAAUACUUUGCUGAGCCCUCAACACUGUACUGAAAACAAUUCAGUGUGAUUGUGUCCAUCAAACCUGUGAACUGUACUAUUUGUUUUUCUCAACCAUAGAUUAUACCAAACAGAUGGGAGGCACAUGUCUUUGAGCUGUGUGAUUUUUCUUUGUUUUAUUAUUUUUUUGCCAAAAUGGGAAACAUCCACUUUUGAGAGGGAAGGCAUCUAUUUAAAAAAAAAAAGCAACUUGACUCUUUCUACAUUGUUUUCCUAAUAACUUAAAAAGAAAAGAAAAAAGCCAAAAUAAGUAAAAUAGAAAAACAAUAAGCACUGACUGACAGACAAAAAAUGCUUUGGUUUUGUAAGAAGUCUGCUGUGUACUCUUUGGGUCAUCAUUUGUAUUUUAUUUUUUUAAUAAAACAAACAUUGGCGCUCUGCUGAUCGA